AUGGUUGGCGGACAGUGGCGGGGUGGUGGUGGCGCCUCUCUUCUUCCUGGUUCUUGCCGGCAACAUGGGUUGCUUGUGCGGCCGGACGGCCAUGAUUGGGAGCUCAUGCUCAGGCGGACCAGGAUUUGUGCAGAAAAAGCAUCACGAGGAGUGCAGCUGUUCGAUGCAGUGUCAUUAGCAGGAGGUUUUGUUGUGGGUAUAGCAAUUGGUGGUGGCAUCAGUCUUAUAUGUCUAGGGCUUUGUAUCAUAUUUGUUUGUCGGAAGUUAAGGAGUCUGCAAGCUAAGAGACUCAAGUCGAAGUACUUCGAACUAAAUCGGGGUUUGUUGUUACAACAAUUGGUGGACAAAGACAUUGCUGAAAGAAUGAUAUUUAGCUUAGAAGAACUAGAGAAGGCAACCGAGAAAUUUGACGAGUCCCGCAAACUUGGUGGUGGUGGCCAUGGUAUUGUGUACAAAGGAAUACUAUCAAAUAAGGAUGUGGUUGCCAUCAAGAAAUCCAAAAUUACUAUUCAAAGAGAAAUAGAAGAUUUCAUAAAUGAGGUGGCCAUCCUUUCACAAAUCAACCAUCGAAAUGUCGUGAGGUUGUUUGGGUGCUGCCUUGAGACACAAGUCCCGCUAUUAGUUUAUGAGUUCAUUUCAAAUGGAACUCUUUCUGACUAUCUCCAUGUUGAAGGCCCAAGAUCCUUGUCUUGGAGGGAUCGAGUGAGGAUUGCUCUUGAAACUGCAAGUGCUUUGUCCUAUUUGCACUCUUCCGCUUUAACAUCGAUAAUCCAUAGAGAUGUUAAAUCUGCGAACAUUCUACUUGAUCAUCGUUUAACUGCUAAAGUAUCAGAUUUUGGAGCUUCUCGAGGUAUUGCUAUCGAUCAGACAGGACUGAAUACUGCCAUCCAAGAAGGCGUAAGCCUUAUUGCACAGUUCAACUUGGUAUUAAGGCAAGAUAAACUAUGUGAGAUAUUAGAUCUUCAAAUCAUCUCAGAGUGUCUGGAGGGUGCAAAAGAGGUCGCAGCACUGGCAUCGACAUGCCUAAACUUGAAGGGUGAAGAGAGGCCAACCAUGAGGCAAGCGCAGAUGACACUAGAAAGGUUGUUGCUGGCAAAUAAAAACAUUGAAGAAGGGUAUCCAGAUGAGCUAAAUUGCACAUUAGCUCAAAUCAGGAACAACAAUGACAACAAUAGCAGGCAGCACAGUGCUGAGCAGGAACUCAUACAAUCAGCAAGCUUUCCUCGAUGA